AAAACAUGGGAGGAGCACGUAGGAAAAGUGAAACACAUGCCUGCAGUGAAGAAACAAGAGGUAGAGAGUGAUUUAAUCUCCACCAAGCCAAACUUUCUCUCUUCCUUUUUGAAAAAAGGAAGGCUGGAUAAAGCAGCUGAUGCAUUCAAUACCUAUGUUGUUUUGAAAGUCCAUAAUUUGAAAAGCACUACAAUAGACAGAAGAGGAAGUGAACCUUCCUGGGAACAGGACUUCAUGUUUGAAAUCAGUGCUGAUGAAAAGGGCUUCACUAUAGAGCUAUGGAAGAAAGGCUUGCUCUGGGAUAGCAUUUUAGGAAUUUUAUGGAUUCCCCUUGCAGCUGUGGAGCAUGCAACAGAUGAAGGUCCAGGUACCUGGUGGACUUUGCAUUCUGAAAUAAUAAAAAAUGGAAGUGAGAUUCAAGGCACAAGAACACCAACUUCACAUGAGAUCUUACUGGAUGUCUACUUUGCAUUACCAUUUGAUGUGCAUGAAGAUUUAGAUUACAGAGGCUGCUACAGAGGGAUGCUCCUCCAGGGGACAAGUCAUUCACAUAAAGAUACACAUGAUAGACUGUCAUUCAUGGAAAGUGGUCUCAGCAUGCAAGAAAACAAACUAAGAAGAAAUAAAAAUCAAACUGGAAGAAAUUUUGCAAAAGCAAGAUGGGCCAGGGCUAUUCAGAAGGUAUUUCUGUGUGGAGCCAGGAACUCUGUUCUUUGCAGAUUCCUUCAAGCUCAGGGUAUUCUGUUCUGCUCUAUAUGAGUUAGUGUUUUUUUAUGACCUCUCUCCCCCAUGUACAUGUGCCGGGAGUUUCAUUGCAUUCAUUUUAUUCACAUGCAACUUCAUUGGCACCAUUUGCUCUAUACUAAGAACACUUGGCCACUGACAGAUGGCUGCCUCAAAGAUUUGUUGCUGAACGUCAUGGUCACCUGAUACUUGAAAUAGGCAUACAGAAUAGAUGUAUGUGAAGGCUGUUAAAUGCCACUGGGAUUUAUUUUUUGUUUGUGGUUUUUGGUUUUAGAUGGGGGUUGUGUUUGGUUUUGUUGCGUUACAGAUUUUCUCCAUGUGUGAGUUGGCUGGAUAAAGUAGUUGCUGCUACUAUCAAGAUACUGGGAUUGGCUAGAACUGUGUAAGAGAAAUCACAGCAUCUGUAUAUAGUCUGUAUUUGUACUCUUAAUUAUACCAGUGGCAGUUAUAUUUUUAAUGCUGUCCAUGAAGUACAUUAAAUCAGUGUCAGCCCUUAAAGGUAUGUUUAAGGGCUGACUUCAUCAACACAUGGGGAUCACGGCAAGUAACCACAAAAAUGCAAAUGACCCAUGUGUCCCAACUGCUCCUUUGCAUUAGUUUAUUGAAGGUGCUAUGGGUGUUCUUUCAAGAACAGUAGCUUCAUUCCAGUCAUUAACAUGGAAGUAUCUGCACAACCAGAACUGUGAGAACAUCCAUACACUUAUUUUAGGUACUAUGCAGAAUCAAAAUCUCUGCUCAUAUAUUUACUUCAAAAAGUUCUUAAAAUCGUAUCGGUGUGUAGAUCAUGUGAACAGACAUAAAAUAACUUUCUUGUGAAGAUGAAUUUGGGUAAAUCUGGUUGCAGGUAAUUAAGAUGUAUUUAUAACUACAAUUAGUUUCUUGAUUGGUCCAGCUCAUUGCAAGAAAAAUCAGCAUUUUGCUGUUUUUUGCAAGUUCUGUAUGGAAGUUUAUUUCCAGGGUAGAUAAAUCAUAAUUUAGUUCUGAAGGUCUGUGUUUUUUUUCUUAAUUUUUUCCUUUGUAUAUGUACACUUCACCUGAUAUUUAUAUAUAUCAAUAAUAAGCAAUUGAAAGAUAAAUUUUGCAGAACAAAAUUCCUUGCUCUCAAAUGGGCUCUCAAAUAAGUGGCUUCAAAUUAAACCAUUCAACACCUGAAUACGUUCUAGUUUUGUAUAAAAAGUGUCAAUACAUAGCAACUUGCUUGAAAAUGACAACACUAAAUGUUAUGAGUAACACUAUUUGUAAACAAUUUUUAUUAAAUGAAAAAAAAUAAAUUUUUGCAAAAGUUUCCCAGUAUUUACCAUUUUUACUGUCUGUAGUCUCAAAACCAUUUGCUUAAUCUUGACAGAAACACAGCUGAUUUGUCAUAAGUGUAUAUCUUCUGUGGGUAGCCAUGAUUGAUUAGGCUGCCUGAUUCUUUUAUUUUUUUAUAUAUUUUGCAUCCUUAAUGAGCUGUCUUGUUGAUUUUGAGAGGCAUUAUUGUUACAUCUCGUGUAAUUAGGCAUAUAUUGCUGAAUAUUCUUAUCAGUGGAAUAUUUUAUAUUGUGCAUUUAUAAGAUUUAUUGCAUUUUUGUUGGCAUGCAACGUGGUAGAUUUGAAACAUCAUUUAGAUAAAUUGAGAUAGAAUACUAAGUAAUUACUAUAGGCUAAAAAUUACAAUAAGAUAUGAAUAAUAAAGCAUUCACCUACUUCUUAACUAUAAGUCUAAUUAAAAAGAGUAUUUAUAGGAUCCAUUCACUUCAACAAAAGAUAAUAAUGUUGCAUAAUUAUUUUUAU